AUGUCUUUCCCUCAGCUGGGGUAUCCCCAGUUCCUCAGUGCCUCCCAUGAGGUGUACGGAGGCGAGCGGCCGGGCUCUGCCCGGGAAGGAACCACCGAGGGCGGCGUGAGCUCAUCAGCGACCGCCGCGGCUGUCGGCUCCAUGCUGGGGAUGUACGGAAGCCCAUGGGCGGCUCAUAACUACAGUGCCUUUUUGCCGUACAGCGGAGCCACAGACCUCGCCCUCAUAUCCCAGAUGGGCUCACAGUAUGAGCUGAAGGACAGCCCGGGAUCCCACCCAGCUUCUCUACCUGUUCACACCGCCCAAGGCUUCUACCCCUACGGCCAGUACCCGUACGGAGACCCGUCAAGGGCCAAAACGGCCACAAGGGAGACCACCAGCACCCUGAAGGCCUGGCUGCAGGAACACCAGAAGAACCCUUACCCCACCAAAGGAGAGAAGAUCAUGCUUGCUAUCAUUACGAGAAUGACACUCACACAGGUGUCGACGUGGUUCGCGAACGCCCGCAGACGCCUGAAGAAGGAGAACAAGGUCACCUGGGGCCGCAGCGCCGAGGACCGGGACGGCCGCAUCUUCAGCAGCGACAACGAGGACGAGCACGAGCACGGCAAGAACGGCAGCGACGACGAAGAUGAAGAGGAGGAGAUAGAUUUGGAAACCGUCGAUAUCGAGAGACCCGAGGAGCAACGCGAAGGGGAGCGUGGCUCCGCGAGGGGGGAGGCCGAGGCGGGCCUGUCCGCCGCCGAGCAGGCCUCUGAGUCGAAGAGCUCGGAGAGCAGCAGGACGCUUUCUGCGGAGGCCCUGAGAGGAGCCGAGGCGGGUGUUUCUCUCGGUAAAUCGCCCAGUGUCAAGCUUCCCGCGGAUCAUUCGCCCGGCAGGCAGGAGUGCCAGAGACCAGCACAGAGCAAACCUAAAAUCUGGUCUCUGGCUGAGACCGCCACGGCGCCCGACAGCUCUCACAAAUCUCCCCCCGCGGCCCAUGCGCACCACGCGGCUUUGGCCUCCACCGGACACCCGGCCUUACUCCCGGGUCACGGAAUAUAUACAUGCCAGAUUGGCAAGCUGCACAACUGGGCCAACGCAGCUUUUCUGAAUGCCAACUCUCUUUUGAACAUGAGGUCGCUCCUGGCAGGGGCGCCGGCCGGACACCUGCCCGUCCACGGCGCAGUGCCGGCUGCGCGUCGUGACGCACGACCGGCAGCGGUCGGCACGGGAACGUCGGGUACGGAAGACGACAGCGAUGUAGAGUCAUCAGGGAGCUUCAGUCCAAAAAGAGAUGAUGAAGAGAGCGACCACAGGCCCGAUUCCCUGAAGUCCCCCUUUCAGAUGAUCACUGACAGACCUCACCACGGGACAGCAGCACAGCGAGUUCUGACAACAACAAUAUGAGAAGAGAAAGAAAAAGAGAGGAAUAAUUUUAUUUAAUGGA